AUGCCUCUAUUCAGGAGUUUCCCUGAUAUCCCGGCUCAGUCGUCUCAACAGAUAGCCCUAUACCUUACAAUUCUACUAUCCAGCGUAAUAAGCAUACUACUUUCAUGGAGCCUACGGCCUGUCAGAAAACGACCAGUGUCCGUGAAUUACCAUUUCACUUGCCAAUGCAACAAAUCCUGUGGUUUCUGCUUCCACACCGCGACCACGUCCUUCAAGUUGUCAAUACCAGAAGCUAAAAGGGGUCUUUUCAGCCUUAAACAGGCUGGCAUGCGGAAAAUCAACUUUGCAGGAGGAGAACCAUUCAUGUAUCCCAAAUUCCUUGGGCAAAUGAUCCAAUUCUGCAAGGAAGAGUUGCGCCUGGAAUCAGUCUCAAUAGUCACAAAUGGCAGCUUGGUCAAACGGGAUUUCCUCGAACGAUACGGCCGCUUCAUUGACAUUUUGGCCGUAUCAUGCGACUCUUUCAACGAACAAACGAACAUCGAAAUCGGCCGCGGAAAGGGUGAUCAAGUACCACAGCUAUUCCGCAUCGCUGAAUGGUGCCGAGAAUAUGGCAUCAAGUUCAAAUUGAACACGGUUGUUUGCAACCUAAACUACCAGGAAGACAUGAAUCCCCUCGUUGAAAAGUUGCAGCCCUUCAGAUGGAAAUGCUUCCAGGUCCUUAUGGUCCAAGGAGAAAAUGAUUCCGACAAGACAUUGAGGGAUGUGCGGAAGUUUCAAAUCACUGACCAGCAGUACGAGGAGUUCUGUCGUCGGCACGAGCACCAACCAUCCUUCGUUGCAGAGCCGAAUAAUCUCAUGGCCAAAUCGUAUUUGAUUUUGGAUGAGUAUAUGCGGUUCCUGGACAGGGAUGGCCGAGAACCGUCAGCGUCUAUCCUAGAUGUUGACGUUUUUACUGCCUUAGGCCAGGUGUACUGGGACGAAACGAGCUUCAACAGACGUGGUGGUAUCUAUGACUGGAGCAGAGAAACGAAUCAGUCGUCUUGCGGGUCUGGGGAUAGCAAGGCCUUGGAAUGGUGA